AUGUCAACAGCAACUGAAGAGUAUACAGAAAUAAAGAGACAGUUUGAAGAGCAAAGUCCUAAAAGAGGGGAAUCACACAAAGCUACAAGUGUUGAAUCCAGCAUGGAAAUAUGGGACUUUGGUGGGCAAUUAGUCUACCAUAGCGUACAGCGGCUUUUUCUGACACCUGCAGCAGUUUACUUUGUGGUCUUGAAACUUACUGAUGACCUUGAUGCACCUGUCAAAAUCAGCGAUGCAUGCAGUGUUCCAUAUUAUAGCAACAUGACGAAUCUGGAAUUCCUACUCUACCUGAUUCGCUCAAUUUUCACACAUGCUGUGUCAUUAGGUGAUGAUUGUGAAGAGGAGAUAAAGACUCCAAAAGUCUUUAUUGUGGGUACACACAGAGAUUCAAUAAGUUCACAUGAAGAUGAAAUAGAAGAAAAGGUAAAUGAAAUUUGGGGCAAGAUACAGGAGGUCAUUGAUGGAAAGGCAUAUAAAUCACUUGUGUACCCACAAUUGUUUGACAUCGACAAUAAGCAACCAUCGACAAAAAUCAACGAGUUAAAAAAAAUAAUUUGGGAAACCAAAGAAAAGAUGCCAGUAACUAUUCCUUUAAAUUGGUUAAAAUUGCAGAUGGGACUACAGGAACAAAGUAAAACAAAUGUCACAAUGACGUAUGAAGAGGUUAAAGUAUUGGCCUCAACUUUUGGAAUAGAGGGUGAUAAAUCUACAACAAAUGUUCUAACAUUUUUACAUGAUCUCGGUCAAGUUCUUUUUUUCCCUGAAGUUGCUGCAUUAAAGGAAAACGUUGUGAUAAAUCCACUAAUGUUAGUUGAUAUGUAUAAGACCGUGAAUACAGUUCUGAAGCCAGAAGAUCUUGAACAACAUAGAAAGCUCUUUAAUGAACUUGAUGAAUGCCAGUAUUGUGUGCUAUACUAA